AAAAAGUCAGAAUUUCGAGGUCUGCGGCAUUUUAUUAGACUUUGUACCGUGGGAAACAAGGUUUUUCUUAAUGGACAUGCGGGCCAAAUGAAACUUCACAUACACUUACUACUACAUGUACCGGAUAGAGAAUAAGACCAUAGGAUCCCAACGAUUCUAGAACCUUAUCAAUCGUGUGUUUUACGCUUGCGUCAGAAAAACUCAAAUUUUCACGCUCUAGUAUAAACAGUUAUUUUCGGGAAAUUCUUUAAUUGUUUAUUAUAUACUCUGGUGUUUCAUAUAAAACAUGUAUACAGUGUCGAAAGGGCCAAGUAAAAUUGUCGCCAAAACUCGGAGAGGAAUUAAUCAGAAUUUGGAGAGACUCGAGACGUUGAGAGAUUUAACAAGGAAGGCUGAUCCUGCUGAGGAGGAAAUCAACGGUGACGAAAUUCCCCGACAAGCACCAAAACCUGUAUUCAAUGUGAAUGGCAGAUCGAAAUUGUGCUCCACGAGGCAACACAGGAUACAGGAGGUUAUCACACCUCAGCACGAGGAGCUCAUUAAAUUUGUGUAUGAGUCUUGGAGCCAAGUGGAUGGUAAUCGCAGUAGGAAAGAGAUAACAGAGCAACCUCACGAGUUGGAGGGCUCCUCGAGCCUAUACUACAACGAUGGUGAGCCUAACGGUAUUCUACAAGACUUUAAACCGUUCGACCUCGAGUCAUGGUGGGGUAAAAGGUUGUUCAAUAACAUCACAAAGUCUCUGUGAGAAUUAAACAACAGGGAGAGCCAUAGAAACUCAAAAAUAAGUCUUCGUGCAUUUUUUUCAAAAUAUGCCACAAGGACAUCCUCGAAAGAACAAUUGUUUUUUUUACCAGACUAUUAAUGAGAAAUGAUAGUGAUUAUGUAAUUGAUGUGUGCUCCAGUUGCAUGAUAGCACAAACGAGAGAUUUUUUUAUAUAUAUAUUUGAAUAAUUGUAAGAUUACAUCCGUUGCUGUAUUGUUAGUAAAUGAGUAAUCAUUAUUAUUAUUUCUUCUGUUAUGUUGACGAUAUCAAUAUGAUAAAUGAAUCGAAUCGAAUUACAUCUGGGGAUUGCAGUUCUGAAAUUAUCUCGUGUAAAAAUUUACUUGAGGAUCAAUCCUUCAAGUCAUAAAAAAAUAGCUUUUGACAUUUAUUCUUAAAACCAAUGGUUUUUUAAAUGACUGAAUAAUUUUGAAAAUAUCUUUGGUGAUACAGAGAAAAAUACAAGAAACCUUUGUGAAAAAUUUCAUGGCCUAUAACGGAGGCCUGAAAUUUUCUUCCGAACCUACUCUUUAACGAGAUAUCUCCUAUUUUAUACCAGUUCACUGCUGAAAUAUCAUCGAUUUAAAAUGCGAAAUGGUUCCAAUUAGCUACCAUACCUAAUAAAAAAUUACUUAUCAAAUUCAAUUGUCAUCAAGUCUGUAAAAGCUGCGCAGUUAUAAAAACGAAAAAAAAUAGAAAAACAAAUUUUUUUAGUAUAUCUUUGUAGACUGAAUAUUUUUAAGAUUGUUGUUAUAUCGUUGAGAGCAUCGAGCGGAAAUCUCGAUGAAUGAAAAAUAAACUUACCACGUGAGGAGAAUUAAUUGCGAUUGACUCGCAACGCAAGAAAAACCAUUCAUUAUUGUAGUCCAUACUUAGUGCAAUAUAUUUACUAUAAAACA